AAAAGCAACACUCCUUUACUUCAAUCGUAGUUAUGUCUUGCAAGGUUAUUAUAUUUGUGGCGCUUUUUGCCGUUGCCAGUGCUGGCUUGCUGCCAGCCAAGUCCAGCCAGGAGGAGCCCUUCGAUGACCAUCCACGCUACUCCUUUGGCUACGAUGUGCAGGACGCAGUUACCGGCGAUGUCAAGUCCCAAAUGGAAACACGUGACGGCGAUGUAGUGCAGGGCCAAUACUCGCUGAACGAUGCUGACGGCUUCAGACGCAUUGUGGACUACAGCUCUGAUGCUGAGCAUGGCUUCAACGCUGUGGUGCGCCGCGAGCCUUUAACUGGCGUUGCACCCAUUGGCACGACGACAUCCAAAUUGGUCAAGCCCAUUGUACUCGCUCCAGCUCCUAAGCCCCAGCCACUGCAGCCUGCUGUUGUGGUGCGCAGAUUUGAGGCACCAACGCUCAUACAUCAUGCGCCUGUGGCUCAUGUGCUGCAUGCAGCUCCCGCACCCACAAUUGUGUCGCAUCAUGUGCCAUCGCUGCUCAAGUCCCCGAUACACGUUGCUCAUCCCCAAACUAUUUCGUAUGUAUUCCAACACUAA